AUGGAGAAUAGAUCUGUCACAAUUUCUGGAUUCCCUUCAGCACUAAAUGUAAUUAAGCUGAAACUGUUUAUUGAAAAACAGGUCGAGUCUGGUGUGCAACAGUUUCAUAGAUCAAACAUAAAUGAAAUUGAAUUUGGAUCUUUAACUUAUAAUCUACAUGUUGUGAACACUGGCAAAGGUGACUCUUUUGGAGCCACAGAGAAUUUACAUUCAAGUUCAACAUCCUACCAAAAACACACCAAACCUCCUGCUAAGAAAGUUCUAAGGACUAACUUUUUUGAUUUAAUGACUCAGAAGGAUUUGUAUGAAAAUACAUAUUAUUGGAGCAGUUUACUGGUGUUACCUGCUGAUGGAGGGUCAAGAUGUGUAUUGGCCCAGGGUAUUGAUACAUCAACGACCCAUAUUCAAAAAGUGACAAUGCAUUUCGAAUCAAAGAAACGAUCAAAUGGGGGACCUGUGUUUUGCAUCAUUAAAAUGAUCGAUGGACUUCUCAUUGUAUUUGAUGAUCCUAUAGAUUGUGAAUCUUGUCUUAAGAAGAACGAUCAAAAGUUUGAUGGUGGGGAAAUCAUAAUCUACCCAAAAUUAAUUCCUUCAUAUUUCGAAUAUAUCUUUGUGUUGAAGGGUGUUGGAGCCCAAAUAACUAUGGAUACAUUAGAAAUGUAUUUGGAAAGCUGUUCUGUGAAUGAAACUGCACCAAGCAGUUGUGUGAAAAUUGAUUUACCUGGUGUUUACAGAAUUGAAUAUGGAAAUGAAUACGAUGUAUCAGAAACUGAAAAUCUUCUCCAAAAUAUAAAAGCAAAAAAGUUGGAAGGAAAUUCACUUAAAGCCACACCUUUGCUGAGGACAGAUUGUUUAAAAGUAUUCGACAUUCCAACUUGCGCAACAAAUGGUAAAAUAAGGCUGAUAUUUGAAAGCAAAAAACGUACUGGCGGUGGUCCCAUCACCAGGAUUGAUAGAUUGAAAGACAACCAGGCUUUGGUAUAUUUUGCACUGCACACAGAUGCUGAGCGAAUUUUUGAAAAAUUCCAUGUUCCUUGUGAUCAUCCAAUUAUUAUCAAUAAGAAACCAGUUAAAGUUGAACUAUAUCAUCAUUCUCUUGCAAACGAUCAUUUAAAUAUAUUGGAUAAUUUCAAACCAACACCUGAAAAGAAACCAGAACCAGUCCCGCAACCUGAUGUCAGACUGGAACCUUUUGAAUUGAAGCCAAAUUGUGAUGGAAAGAUCAUCAAGUUUAUAACUGGAAGUCAAAAGCAUAAUUCAAAAUUGAAGAAUGCUUACAAAUGUCUGGCAACUGUUGAAUUCAGACCACAACAACAAGAUCAGGAUAUGAUGUUUGUGUUCACAUCAAAUCAGAAAAAGAAAAGAGAGACACAAAAUGAUUUUAACGUAAGGUGUCAAAAAGUUUUUGAGGAUUUUUUGGUGGAAUAUACAUCAUCAUCUCAUACAUUCGAAAGAUCAAAACUACAAAAUGCUCGUUCUUAUAAGUUAUUUUCUGAAAUUGAUGAGAAAUAUACUGGAAACGUUGACAAUGGUGAUUUAAUUGUUUGUUGGAUGCAGAACGAACCAGUUGUUGAAAUAACUGGAAUUAAGUCAUCAGUUGAUCGUAUGAUGGAACACAUAAAAAAUUGUGUGAAUUCAAGUAUGACUGAAAUGUCAGUCAAUAACGAUCAAUUUGGAGUUAUGGUGAACUGUGGAAUUGUUGAACAACUGAGAAUAAAGCACAAAAACGUGCAGAUAAAAUGUGACAUAAAACAACAAAAAAUUAUAUUGACAGGACCCGAGUCUGCACUUUCCGCUUUUCAGAUUGAUGCUUUGACUAGGUUAAAUACCAUUGAAAAAAAACGAUUGAAUGGUUUGGAAGAAAGUGUUGUCAGAUAUUUAUCUGAGUCAAUGUCAGGAUCUGAAGUGAUAACCAAACUAAUUCAAAAUCAGUUGAGGGAAAAAAAUAUAAUAGCUAUGAUUGGCUUAGAUGGUGAAGAACCUUGUCUCAGAGUCGGAACAAUUAAUGACUUCAAACAAGGAAUCAAUCUGAUCAAGGAAUAUAUUGUUAUUGAAACGAUACGGACUGAUGAACCAAGAGCUAAAGUUGUAAAAUCUCCUGCUUGGAAAGAAUUUCAUCAAGAUUUACGACGAGAUAAUGCAUGUGGAAUUUAUAUCAAGCCAAAUGAAGAAAUCCUGAUGGUUGGAAUCAGAUCAAAAGUCAAAAUGCUGAAAGUUGAAAUAAACAAAUUUCUUGACAACAAUGCGAUCAAACGAUAUUUUCUGCAAUUGCCAUAUGGUAGUGCGCGUUUUGUCAUAGAAAGAUCUCCUCUGUUUACUCCUGAAGCUUGUGAAAGGAGAGAAAUAAAGUGUGGAUUGACUCCUGAAGGAGGGGGCGGAGUUUUUGCAACAGGAAAAAUGAGGGCAUUAGAUGAUGUUCAUACUGAUUUUAGAAAGUUACGCAAUACAAUCAUUGAAAUGACGCAUACUUUGGAUGAACCCGGAAUUAAAGAAUAUUAUCAGGGAGAAGAAGGCAGAAAAUUUCUCGAACAAACAGGACGAGUUAAUAAUUGCAUCAUUCUUACCAUGUCAAAAGAAUGUGCAGAAUGGAUUGAAUAUAAUAAGAAGAAUUUGUUUUUGGAACCGAUAGUUCCAAUAUCCUCAUCUGUAGAUUUUAAAGAACAAGAACUGAUUUCAGUAACUUUGGCAAGAACUUCUGUCAAACUGAAAGUAUGGAAGACAAAUAUUGUCAAACAUAAGUGUGAUGUAAUAGUAAACGCUUCAAAUCCUGAACUUGCACUUCUUCCUGGAGGGGUUUCUGGGGUUAUCAAGGAACUAGACCAAGACAAUGGGGAUUUAAUUCAAAAAGAAAUGUACGAAAUCAUUAGAAAGAAUCAUGGGAAUUUGCUUGCUGGAAGUGCAAAAAUGACAUCCUCUGGUAACUUACCUGCUUGCAAGAAGAUUGUUCAUGCUAUCGGUCCAAGAUGGAAUUCAAUCUCCAGCAGAUCAGAUCCCAAACUUCUUCUGAAAGCCUGCGUGUUACGAAGUCUGAAAUGUGUUGGAACUGCUGGAUUAAAAUCAGUAGCAAUACCUGCUAUAAGUUGUGGCGUCUUUGGUGGACAAAUUAGUGUCUGCAUUCCACUUAUUUUGGAUGCUGUUGUUGAUUAUUUCAAUGAAACUCCGAAUUCAAGUGUUAAGCAGGUUGAUUUUGUUGAACUCGACAAUCAAGCAGUACUGGACGCCUUUGUAAAAGCUGUUAAGAAAUACCGACCCAAAGAAACGCUUUUGCAACCUUCAAGAUUUUUGUCUCAACCUUCAAGAUCUCAACAGAUCAAUCAAGCUUCUGGCUCAACAGUGCAAACUUCUUGCUGUAGAAUUAGCGUCAUUGUUGGGGAUAUAUCAACACAGCAUGCCGAUGUUAUCGUCAAUGUAACAGAUACACAGAAUGUGAAUAAUAUUGCGAAGGCUGGAGCUGUGUCAAAAUUACUUGGUCAAAAAGCUGGAGCAAACAUAAUACAACAAUGUGCAAAUCUACUGCGACCAUUCAAUGUCGGAGAUGUUCUGGAAACUGAUGGAGGAUCGCUACCAUGUAGAAAAUUAUAUCAUGCACUUGUGACAAAUUAUAAUCAGAGGAAUUCGCAAGGAAUUAUACAAUCAGUUGUGUCGAAAAGUUUACAAAAAGCUGAGAUGUCCAGAUUCAAGUCCAUUGCUUUUUCAGCUAUUGCUACAGGAGGAUACAGCCAUCCUCCAAAUCUUAUUGCCCAAUGGAUGAGACAAGAAAUAUCUCAAUUUCAAGGAAAUAAUUUAAAGCAGGUUUUCAUUGUGCUUUAUUCUGGAAAUCGAGCUGUUAUAUCGGCUUUCAAUGCUGAGUUCAAAACAGGAUUAAAUUCCAGUGGAAAUCCAUCUUUCACUCCUACUGCUUCUGAAGAAUCGAAAAAUGAUGAUAUCAUUAUCAAAAAAAUUGAUGAUGAAACAACUCGAUAUGGGUCAUUGAAAGUAUCAGUAAUUAAAGGCGACAUCACUGAACAAGAUACUGAUGUAAUAGUUAACAGCACGGAUCAAAAAUUUGAUCUUUCCCAGGGUAUGGUUUCAACCCAAAUUUUGAAUGUGGGUGGUAACUCAAUUCAAAAUGAGGCGUGGGAUCAAACUGGGGGAGAUUAUGUUGUAACUUCUGGAGGAAACCUUCCUUGUAAAAAGAUCAUCCACUUGGUGAUGCCUAGCAAUCAGAAAGAUCUUCAGAAAAAAAUAAUUCGGGCUUUAAUCGAAGUCGGAAAAUUAGGAUUGUCAUCGGUUUCGCUUCCUGCUUUUGGAACAGGAAAUCUUCAUAUGGAUUGUUCGACUAUAGGAUCGAUCAUGCGAGACUCAAUCGAGUCGUUUGUGAAGUCGUAUCCAAAUUCCAGACAUCCAUCAUCUGUGAAAGUUGUAAUCUUCGAUAAAAAAAUGUUGAAAGAUUUUAAAGAUACGAUUUUGAUUGAAACUGCGAAGAAGGGAUUUUUGUCAAAAUUACGUGACUUUGGGAAAAAACUGCAGUUAACUAAAUGGUUCAAUUUGGCAGGUUUCUUCUCCUCUGGCAGUGGAACUGCAGAUGAAGACAUCCAAUACAAAGAUAAUUCUUUUCCUUUAUAUCUUUACUCAACGAACAAAGAAUAUAUAGAAGAGGCUAUCGAUUCUAUCAACAAUGACAUUCAAAAGAUAACUCAAAAACAAGCUAUCGUUGAUGAUGUUAUUGGUAGAUUAGGUAAAUGGGAAUGGUUUGAAAUCUCGGAGAUCGGAAGAAGCGAAAAGAUUGAAAUCACGGAUGAUUCGGACAUGUAUACGAAAAGACUGAUAUUGGAUGGUCUUACCAAAAAUGUGGUCAAUGCUCACGAAGCAAUUAAAGAUAUUUUAAGAGAAUUUGCAGCUGCGGAAACCUUUGCUGCUUUUGUCUUUUGGCAACGAAAAGAUCAAGCUGGUGCAUGGAAAGAUUUUCCGAUGCGUGCUGUGCAUAAAUUGGAAAUAGCAUUCAAGAAACGUAAUGGAGACAGUACUAACCCAGCAUUGAACAAAGUCCAAGUAUCUGAAUUUGAUGGAGUCAAAGUGAUCCAAACAACCAUCAACCUCUCUAAACUUGAUAAUGACCCACAAGGUAGAAACCCGCCAGAUAUUCGACGAAGAGUAAAAGAAAAAAGUGUCAGUGAUAUUCCUACUUUUUGGGAUGACAUGUCUGGAAAACAACGUUUGGAAGUAUAUUUAACACCAGGCUCUCAAGAAUAUCAAAACGUAUUAGCAAAGUUCAUAAGCGCUGGGCAAUUUCAUCAAACUAUUGUCUCUAUUGAAAGAAUACAAAAUCUGUCCCUGUACAAACAAUAUGUUGCAAAGAAGGCAGAAGUUACGGAAAAACAUGGAGCGAAUCUUGGAAAACCAAUCGAAGAACAAUUGUUCCAUGGCACUUUAUAUGAUGACCAAAUUAUUUCUAAUGGUUUUGAUAGAAGUUACGCUGGAAAAAAUGCAACAAGGUAUGGACGAGGUGUUUAUUUUGCAACGACUGCUAAAUAUUCCCAUGGGUACGCAGCACCAAACCAAUCUGGCAAUCGAAGAAUGUUUCUCGUGGAUGUUAUAACUGGAGAUUAUUGCCAAGGAUAUCAAAAUAUUGUUGCACCUCCACAAAGACGAAGCAAUUUGAAGAAUGAUUUGUAUGAUAGUGUUGUAGAUAACGUAAUGAAUCCUACCAUCUUUGUGGUUUUUAAGGAUGCAAGUGCUUAUCCUACUUAUCGCAUUACCUAUGUAUGAUUAGUUUUUGUUUUACCUUAAACUGUUUUCCUAUAAAGUAGAUGAUACCUGUAUUUAGUUACCUGAACAGAAAAUUUCAAAAAAUUGAUGCUAAUUGACUUAAUAUUCGAGAGAGAAAACAAUCAAAGGAUUUUUUUAUACCAACAGCAAAGAGGCACUCUAACAAGAAUCACAAAUAAUCCUGUUUUAAAUUCCUUAGCUAUCAUUUCCUGAUACCUUACGGUUAGUCAUUUUCUGUAAAUAUGUGUGGAGGCCUUGUUUAUGAAUAACAUAAAAUUGGUCAAUUCAAAAAAUUUUAUCUUUUGAAGGGCAAGAAAUCACUGACACAUAUAAAUGUACGUGGUUGAUAAGCUUAUUAUUGGUAUAUAUUAUAUAGCACUAUAUCUAAUAUGCUAGUAUUUGUUGUACGCAAUGCCCAUCAGAAUUGACUUUUAAUUGCCUAUAAUUGUAUUUGUUGUAUGCACUGCCUUAUAGAAUUAACUUUUAAUCGCCUAUAAUUGUAUUUGCUGUAUGCACUGCCCAGCAGAAUCUAUAUUAUCUAUUCAACGUUUUCGUUUUGUUAUAAUUUUAUAAAAUCUUUCAAAUUACCUGAAUUUUUAUAUUUCUGAUGCACUGCCAAUUUUUUUUCAAAUAAGGAUAAUUGUAAUAUCUGGAAAAAAAAAAUGGUUAACACAUUGUCAACCAUAUUUACCAGAAAGGUUUGAAUAUAGUACGUGUAAAUUACCGUUAUAUUUUUUCACUUUUAUUAAUGUCCUAGUAUUUGGUAUAUUUAGACAAGAUAGCUAUGGACAAAUAAAUGGUGACAAAAAAAGACCUAAAUGAAAAAAUUUAAAACAAUGGAGUGAUAGCCUUUUGUAUUUUUGUAACUUUUGUACCUAUUUAUCCUCUCGACUGGGUUUGCAGUUGAAGAAUAAGAGUGUUAUUUUUGCAACGGAACUAAGCUUAGUGAAACAAUCCAUAAGUCAACUUUGUUUUCAUUGAACUGCUUUUGAUUAUAACCUAACAUUACUCUAAUUUCAUGAACUUUUGUAAUGUUCGUAUUUUUGCUGCCGAGUUGAAUGUGCUUUUUUGCUAUCUGCAAGUUCAGAUUAUUAUCCGUUUUUACGAAUUAUCUGUCUGUCCACUGAUUUUCUUCAAUAUUCGAACAAAGUUCCUAAAUUAUGCUACUGUAC